CGCCAUAGUUCAGCAGAAACACCGAGGCUUUUUUCAAUCCCUGCUGUUUCACACCGUCCUGCAGAAACAUAUUUAUUGCGCACAGGAGAGCGAGUCGCGCACAUGUAAAAAAAAAAUGAAGGCCAUGCUUUUCCUCCUCUUCAUCAUUUGGUUUGCAGAUGCAGAGCAGAAACCCAGGAAAGGCUCUGCGGUGGUAUGUACCUUUAAAGACAAGACGUUCAGCCCAGGAGACAGCUGGCAUCCCUAUCUGGAGCCCUUUGGAAUUAUGUUCUGCAUGCGCUGCGUCUGCACUGAGAUAGGCCAUGUGAAAUGCAACACAAUCAAGUGUCCGGCUCUGUCCUGUGAAAACCCGGUGGCUGAGCCUCAGCAGUGUUGUCCAAGGUGCACAGACGGGCCCAGGAUCCCUGCAGGGCUGAGAGCAUCAGUGAAGUCCUGCAGGUACAAUGGGAGCAUUUAUCAGCCGGGGGAGACCUUCACCAAGCACGACCUCUUUCCAUCCAAGCAGAGCAACCAGUGUGCCAUGUGCUCGUGCUCCAAUGGAAACAUCUUCUGUGCUCUGAAAACGUGCCAACCAAUCACCUGUUCCUCUCCAGUGUCAGUUCCAGAUACCUGCUGUUUGGUGUGUAAAGAUCACAGCACCAGUGGGUCCUCAUCGACUGAGGAUGGAAACCAGCAGCUGAACAGAGGAGUUAGGCAUUCGGUCGACCAGUGUUCUGCAGAGCAGAGCAAGGUGCGGUCCGACCGUGCCACUCCGCCCAGGGUCAGGACUUCUCCCAGAGGCCUGAGCCUGAGUAAACUUAACCUCAAAGGGGCUUCGGAGACCACUGUGAAGAUUCUGUUGCAGAGGAAACAACAAAGAGCGUGUUUAUACAAUGGCAAGACAUACUCUCAUGGAGACAUGUGGCACCCAGUUUUGGGGAGGGUCCUGGAAUGCAUCCUGUGCACUUGUACUGAUGGCCUCCAGGACUGCAAACGCAUCACGUGUCCCAGCCAGUAUCCAUGCCAACAUCCCAUGAAGUCAGCGGGAAAGUGCUGCAAGACUUGUCCAGAGAGUAAAGCUGAAAGCAACCGCACCCAGUGUUAUCUUGGAUUUAAAAACAACGUCUUGGUGUAUAAAGUAGAAUCAUCUCUGAGACUCGACUCGUCCAACACAGUCAGGAUCAUCGCUGCGGAGAGAAAAAGAACUGCUGAAGUUGAAGUGCAAGCAUGGGAGACAGUCCAAGGUGUUUUGAAAUUAUUGGAUAUUGGUGACAGUCAAAGAAAAUACAUCAUGGAUCAUCCAGAAAAUUACACAAUGCUCACGUCCCUCGAUGAUGACACAUGGAGGAAAUUUAAGGAGGAGGAAGGAAACCUGACGAAAGCUCCUCAGACCACAAUAUGUAAAGACGGGAUUCGGGAGGUGAUGACGUUCAUAAACCCCGAUCAGACCGAAGGCCUGUGUUCACCCUAACUCUUUAUAUCGAUGCUCCACAUAAGCACAUGGCUGAUAUACAUACUUCCUGUCAUGCAUGUUGCACUCGGAUCCUGCAUCAUUCCUAUUGUAAUGGUGGAGUGUCUCAUUUAUGAUAUUGUUGCUCAUCAGUUAAUUCAGACAUCAUUGUGCAUCAUGUUUUAACCAUCGCGUAUUUGCAUUUGUUAAUUAUAAGGUUGCAAAACUAUGCGUAUUGCAGAAUUCAGAAAUCUCCAGAAUUAUGUCGUAAUGUUGUGAAUUAAGUUGUAAAUCAGAGGAACGUUGUAAUAUUAUGAGAAUUACAUCUUAAUUUAAUGAGAAAAAAGUUAUGAUUAUAAGAAAAAAAUGAAUCUUUUUGUAACUUAACUAAAUUCUCCUCAUUCUUCAUGUUAGCACAGACUGAUCUUCUGAUAUUCCACUUCUUUGACAUUUAGUGUAAGAUUACAACUUGAUUCUUGUAAAAUUAAAUUUUUUUCUCAUAAUAUUUCUCUUAAUAUUUUGAUAUAUCAUAUUAAUGUGGCUUUAUUCUCAUAAUAUUAUGACCUCAUUCUUGUAAUUUGACGAUUUUACUCUUGAAAUCUCGAAAAUGUUUCCCUUUAAAUGGCCCUAAUACUCAUAUAAAACACAGGCUACAGCUGUGUGGUUGACGCCUGUCUGAGAUACAGUUCUGCCUCCACCUGUAAUAAUUCAAACAUUAAUGUAUUGUGGUGACAAAAUGAAACAAAAGGUGAAGUGAACGUGGAGACAGCCUCUGUCUCCAGCUCUGAGUCUGUCGUUAGAGCCUUUUAGGACAUUUUGGGAUUUUUCAAACAAACCCUAAAUAUAUAAAUUCAAUUUGUAUUUCAGAAUAUGCUGGGCAAGCUGCCAUGUUCUGAUAAGAAUGUGAAGGGUUUAUAAAAGUAUGUAUGAUCAACAUACUGUAUUUAUUGUAAAUAUUGAGGGUUUUUUGGCACCUUAUUUAAAGCGUAUUGGUUCUGUUAUGAUUUCUGUAUAUACAGUACUUUUGUCUGGUUGAAUGUUGUUGUUUUUCACCUUUGCAUAAAGUAGCAAGAGGCAUUGCAUUGUGGUAAAUGCACAGUUUUAUCUAAACAGUGAGUUGAUCACAGCCUAAUGACAUUUUACAGCUCCACAUACCAGAACUAUUUUGAUUUUAAGUGGCCAUUGUUGAUGUAGCUGAAUUCACUCUGUACCCCUGCUCACAGUUUUAACCCAUAAAGUGUUCUCA